AAUGCCAUUUUCUUGAAUGCAUUUGAAACCAAACAGUGAUGACAUACGACUGACUGAUUUUUGUGUGCACUAGUAUUCCCUUAGUAUUGGUGUCUGUCUUUCUUUGCAUUUGGAUUUUCAUUCAGACUUGAAUCUUUAGCAGUUUCAUCAAAUUGUAAUGCACUUUUUAUUCUGAAAUGGUUAUUUCAUUAAAAGUAAAAUGCUUACUUUUCAUAAAUGGAACACUUUUGGUGUGAUGAGUAAAUAAUAUAUGGUACCUAAAAAAAUAACCCUAAUAUGUAGUUCUUUAUAGGAGAUAUUUGCAAUUUAGAAACUGCUGUUUAGUUAAUAAUAAACUGUGUACUACCACCUAGAAAGUACAGUAGUUUUUUGGUAGUUGACACUUAAAUGACUUAAGUGUUAAUGCAGCACUCGUCAUUUGUCCUUGCUUAAUCCUUAAAUAGUUACCCACUAACUAUGAAGCAGUAUCAUGAAGUGUACAGUAUGGACUAUGUUAGCGAAGAAGGAUGGCGGUUGGCCGUUUUUGCUUAUUCACUGAAAACUGAGUGCCCCAAAGAUGCUUACAUACAUUCCUGGAUUGAAGAAUGAUGGACCAGUAUGGGGGAAACCCCCUGUGGGAUUUCGCCUUGGCUUUGGCCACUUGAGAGUAGAGCAUGCCACUGGGACUUUUUGAGUUUGGGCGACAUUGGACAUUUAUGGCAUAUUCAUAACUUCUGAAUGCUACUUUGGAGAUCUGAGGCAAGCUGUUAACCAUGACAGCUCUGAAACUGAUCCAGACUCUUCAUGUAUUUCAGUUAAUGAUCAUCUAUUUUCUUAUUUCCAAGACAUUUUGUCAAGUAAAAGACUAAGAAAGGCGUCUAACAGAAAUUGUGGUGAAUUGCAGUACGAGUUCUUUUUGAUCUGUUGCUGUAAACGUGUCUGCUGUUUUUCCCCAAAUGUAACAGAGCAGUUCUGUCUCUUCCUCUGUUUUCCUCGGCCUCCUCCUCUUCCUCUCUCACCACUCCUCCUCCCUGUGACACUCCACCAAACAUAGCACCAGGAGGCCACUCCUACUCAGUUCAGAGGAAGCGAAACUGAUCUCAGAGAGCUGCUCUCUCUCAGACUGAGUGCAGGAAAAUGGCCAGUAUUUCAGUAGAUCAGGACCAGUUCAGCUGUCCAGUCUGUCUGGAUCUGCUGAAGGAUCCAGUGACGACUCCCUGUGGACACAGUUACUGUAUGGUGUGUAUUAAUGGACACUGGGAUCAGGAGGAUCAGAGGGGGAUGUACAGCUGCCCCCAGUGCAGAGAGACCUUCACUCCGAGGCCUGUUCUACGCAGAAACAACAUGCUGGCUGAAGUGGUGGAGAAACUGAAGAAGACAGAAAUCAAAGCUGCGUCUCCUGCUCUCUGUUAUGCUGGAUCUGGAGAUGUGGAGUGUGAUUUCUGCACUGGGAGAAAAUGCAAAGCCAUCAAGUCGUGUUUGGUGUGUGUAGCGUCUCUUUGUGAAGCUCAUCUUAAACCUCAUCUGGAAAUUCCAGCCUUGAUCAAACACAAGCUGGUUACAGCCUCUUCAAACCUACAAAAGAAGAUGUGCCCUCAGCAUGAUAAACUGAUCGAGAUCUACUGUCGUACUGACCACAGCUGCAUCUGCUAUUUGUGUACGAUGUACGACCAUGAAGGCCACAAUACAGCUGCAGCUGCAGUAGAGAGAACCCAAAAACAGGCUCAGCUUAAGAAGAUGCAGAGGAAAAUCCGGCAGAAAAUUCAGGAGAAACAGAAAAAUAUGAAGAAGCAGAAACAGGCCAUGAACACUCUUAAGAGCUCUGCAAGGGCAGCAGUGGAGGACAGUGAGAAGAUCUUCACUGAGCUGAUCCGCUCCAUUGAGAAAAAGCUCUGUGAGGUAAAAGAGGUGAUCAGAGCUCAGGAGGAGGCUGAACUGAGGGGAGCUGAAGAACAUCUGGAGCAAAUGGAGCAGGAGAUUGCUGAUCUAAAGAGGAGAGAUACUGAGCUGGAGCAGCUUUCACACACAGAGGAUCACGUCCAGUUCCUCCAGAGUUUCCAGUCUCUCUGUGUCUCUCUUGGAUCUGAGGACUCACCCGGCAUCACUGUCCAUCAACAUCUCUCAUUUGAUGGAGUGAGGAAAUCUCUCUCUGAUCUGAAAGAGAGACUAGAGGAAUUCUGCAAGCAGGAAUUCAGGAAAACUGCUCCACAUGUGGUCAGGACCCCCAUGGACCCUCACAGAGCAGAUGCCCCAACUAAGAUGUUGUUUCGCUCAGAACCAAAGACAAGAGAAGAUUUUCUACAGUAUUACCAUCAUCUGACUCUGAAUCCCAACACAGCACAUCGUAUCCUUGUUCUGUCUGAGGAGAACAGAGUGGUCACAAGGAGUGGAUGGACACAGCCGCUCUUCGAUCAUCCAGAGAGAUUUAACCAAUGGUUUCAGGUGUUGUCCAGAGAGAGUGUGAGUGGACGCUGUUACUGGGAGGUUGAGUGGAGCAGUGCGCAAUUGGGCGUGACCAUAGCAGUCUCAUAUAAAGGAAUCAGCAGGAAAGGAAAUGGUCGGGAAUGCAGGUUUGGACUCAACAAUCAAUCCUGGUGUCUGGAUUGUUCUGCCUUCUUCACUUUCUGGCACAACAAUGUCGGGACUGAGAUCUCAGCCUCAUCCUCCUACAGAAUAGGAGUGUAUGUGGAUCACAGUGCAGGAACUCUGUCCUUCUACAGCGUCUCUGACACAAUGACCCUCCUACACAAAGUCCACACCACAUUCACUCAGCCGCUCUAUGCUGGAUUCUGGGUUCGUGGUGAUGGAACAACUCUACAAUUGUGUGAUCCAUAAUGAGUUAUUGAAUGCAUGUUAUAUAGGGAGAUUCACUCGAAAGAAGCCCUGAAUAUUCUGUAAUAACUCUCGAUAGGAUGAAGCAAUCUGGACAAAACAAUGUCCAAUGUGCUCCUCAGUAUAUGGAGUUUCAAACAAGCCGGGAUGCUUCUAAAUUAGAGUAAUGAGCUACGUUCAGCCUCCGUCCUGGGUGCAGACCCCUGUACCCCUUCAUUCAGUCACUCAACUUCUCAUCAGGAUGGUUGUGUCCAGGAUUGAGCAGCACAUCUUCAUGGUGCGCACCUAUUGGGUCACCAGUUCAUUUAAGCAAUAUCAGAGUGAAUUUAGGAAGAAAUGUGGUGUUCGUGACAUUCAGAAGAUGGUACAGAAACUGGAAACUGGAAACUCCUAUCUCAUGGUGGAGGCCGUCCGAAUAAACAUCCAACGUGAAAUCGCUGCUUUGCCACCCCUUUAAAAAAAGGUUGCUGCUUUAAAAAAUGUGGACUUGUGUAUGGAACAUGUUUGUAUGGAGCUCCGCUGGUGACAUUCUGUAUAAUGCUUGGCCACACUUUGUUAACGCGUGGGAAUGAGAUCCUAAUGCAUGGCCACGACUUAGUAAGGCUGGAAAGGUCAAGAUCGCGGCUUAUUAAGGCAUGGCCAUGCAUUAGCAUCUCAUUCCCACGCGUUAAUAAAGUGUGACAAAAUAGCCAUUUUUUUUCCCAGUUUAUCGCUGUUUUACAUUAAAAUUAUAUUUGAAAACUCAGGAGACACAUGUUCAUUGAUAGCUUUGGAUAUAUUUGCUUUGCGUACAUCACAACACCUGGAUUCUAUCAGCACUACUGCAACAACAUCUUUGUAAGGUGUGAAUGACUUUGAUUACAUCUCAACGACUGGAAAUCAGUAAAAAAGUGGAA